ACCCAUCACAUCCAUUUCUCAUUCCAUAUCAAAAUCAGCCCAGAGUUUCAUUCAGAUAGUAUCAGUCAUCAAAGAUAGUACUCUCCGUCCCUAAUACCCUUGCUUUACAGACCAGAAAUGGCUGCAUCGCGUUCAAAAGCCAAGCCCUUGAUGGACACAAUAUCCGAAGCCCACCGCAUGUCCUACCGCAUCGGCCGCGGCGAACAAGGCGUCCUCACCUUUGAACCCUACAAAUCCGCCAUCCUUCCCCUCUGGCGCUUCCGCACAGCCCCUAUCGCGCGAAAAAGCGCUCAAGACCUAUGGACCAAGUUCAAUGAGUUCAAAGACCAGCGCGAUUUUGUGGGGAUGGAUAUGACGCGUAAAUUCAUACAGAUGGGUAUGACGCGUGCAAAGAGAUAUGCUAAUCAUGCUGGGGGGCGGAAAUAUAAGAAGGGCACCAGGGAGGAAUUACCGAAGAGUGAUGAGCAUCCAGAUAAGGAUGAGAAGCUGAGGGCGAGCUUGAUCUUUAGAGGGUAUUGGGAGAGGUGUAAAGAGGAUGAGGAGUAUCAGAAUCUCAAGGAGGAGUUUUUAGAAAAGCAGAAGAAUUGGAAGGACUCUUGACAAAUUCUCAGCAUUGUCGUAUUUUUCUGCAGACUCUCUGGAAAUGGUAUGUUGAUAUUCAGCGCACCCUCUCUUCUUUAUUUUCUCUGUCAAGCUCCUUAAUAAUUGCUGCUCUUUGUCUGACCCAGCCAUUCAAUCGCACUACCACCACGAAGAGGCGCAUUAAGAACCUGCUUGAUAGCAUCACUUAGUGCAUCAUCCUCAUUCAUAUCCCAUGUCUAUGGCCACUUUUCUCCUCUGUCUGCGUACCUCUCCCAGGUCGGCUGCUGAAGCUUUGCCUUCUCGACCGCAGCCUCAAGUCUUUCGGGGAGCUUACUGCCCGGGAAGCCGCUAGUGAACCAUAUGAUUUGCCUUUCAAGAAGCUUUAUAAGCUCAACUUUGACAAGGAACCUUCGGUCUCGAUAUCUAAAGGUUGCGCUCCUUGGCUUGCCUUUUGUGAUCGUAGCCUGGCCUGAUAUGUUUGAUGACAUCCUUAGUGGUAUUUGUUCGUAAGAGG